AUGCGCGUGAAGAGAAUAUCCUCAUUGUUCACAAGGAUACAUACAAUUCCUUCGUUAUCAUCAACACCCUCCAGGCCAUCAAAACACACCUCCACCCCCUACUCAACCCUCCUCCAAACACCCCAAACACCCCAUGAACACCAAUACUCCUGCCCCGUCAACGCGGAGCCCCUCCACCGCUACACAACCGGCGGCUACCACCCAAUAACACUGGGAAGCCUCCUCCAUCAAGGAAGAUACAAAAUCCUACAUAAAUUAGGAUGGGGCGGAUACUCCACCGUCUGGGCUGCUAGAGAUGAACAGUACACAAAUAUCUCAGUUUCAAUUAUCCUGACAUUGAAAAUUACCUACUAUCGAACAACCGCUAAUAGGGAAUUGUUUCAGAGAAGAGAGAGGGCAUCGAGAGAUGAAUACUUUUUGAGGAAUCUGAACGACACCCAACACAUCGUGCGCAUGUUUGAUUACUUCGAUAUUCGGGGACCUAAUGGGAUACAUCCCUGUUUGGUUCUCGAGAUGCUGGGACCAAGUGUGGCUGAUUUGGUGGAGGGGCGGUUUGCAGAUGGGAGACUUCCUGGGAGUUUGGCUAGGGAUGUUGCGAGGCAGGCUAUGGUGGGACUUGAUGCAUUGCAGCGUAGGGAGAUUGCGCAUGGAGAUUUCCAUAUUCGCAAUCUGGCCUUCACUAUACCCUCUAUGGCCAAUAUCCCCGAAGAUGAGUUUAUUAAUCUACUAGGAAAACCAGACAUCGGACUCGUCCGCUGCAAUGAUGGUGGAAGUCUGGGGCCUGGUAUACCUGAGUAUAUUGUUAGAUCUGCGAAUUUACACUUACAGCCAUGGCCAUUGUCGAAAACUAUCAAGAUAGUCGACUUUGGUGAAUCGUUCCCACGGAAAGAUGCGCCUGAGACACUACACACUCCAUUAGUAGUUCGGGCACCUGAAGUGAUAUUCAAAGACCGUCUGGAUCAUCGUGUGGAUUUGUGGAGUUUAGGCUGUAUGUUAUUCGAGUUAUUUGUCGGUCAACCUCCCUUUGAUAGCUUCUUGAUCACUCCCAAGAUUCUCGUUGAGCAAAUGCAGGAGAUAACGAAUGGAGCAUUGCCUGACAGAUGGGUACCUUUAUGGAAGUCAAUGCGUGGCAAAGAUAUCACUGGGGACAGGGGACCUGGUUUGCAGGAAUGGCUAGAGGAGAUGUACUUUGAUGGUGAGCGCAAAGAAGACUUGUCGAAAGAUGAUAUUGUGGAACUGGGAAGGAUUAUUCGAAAGUUGUUACAAUUCGAGCCAGGUGCCCGUGCUUCGGUGGAGGAGAUCUUGAAUGAUCCUUGGUUUUAGAGUUGACAUAUCUG